AUGUCCCAGACUACAAACCCCAAUAUGCCUGUGAAGGCAGCCGAAGCACGUGUCGGUAGGGAAAACCAACGCUAUAAUCCCGAAAAUGGUGCCCGAAUGAUCGCAGGUUGUAUCUGUCUUGAACAAUCGAAGGAAAAGUGUAUUAUGAUUUCAUCGUCAGCUCACAAGGGCCAAUGGGUGUUUCCCAAAGGAGGAAUUGAACUAGACGAAGGAGACGACUUUAUCAUUAGUGCUGUUCGUGAAACCUGGGAGGAAGCAGGCUGCGAAGGUCGAAUCCUCAAGAAGUUGCCUAUUGUGUACGAUACUAGAGGUGCCAAAGCACCUGUUUUGGAGCAGGGCGAAGACUUUGAUCCACACAAGGUUAUUCCAAAGCUGGAGUUUCACUUUUACGAGAUGUUGGUUGAGCAGCUCAGCCCAGAAUGGCCAGAAAGCAGCAAAAGAGAACGGAAAGAGGGCUGA